CCCAUACAAGAACAAGAGAUAUACCAAUGAAAAUGAAACCAACAAAAUUAAUCAAGCAGAAAUUGAAAUAGGGAUACUUAUGUCUUUUAUCCAGCCAACCAAGUACAGCUUGUACAAUUUCUCGACACAAAAUAACUACCAUUCGAUGUUGAUGUCUUGAAAAUGACCAAUGUUAUCGACGAUAAGACAGUUAAUAGAUUUAUUAAGUGGACAAAAAGUUGCAACUCCUCUCCUGUAUAUUCUCAAGAACGAAUUUGUUGAUAAGAACUAUUUUUUCAAUUAUAAUAAAUACAUCACCAUGCUUUUGCCGAGAUACCAAGUCAAUUUAAAGACAAUGAAAGACAACGAGUAUGAAAUUGUUGGAUAUGCCUGAAAAUCCAUUGAUGAAAAAGAUGAUAUGAAGUGGAUGCGUCUGCUAAACUUAAUGAUUGAAAAGCCCCAGACAAAAUUGCUGAUGGACAGAGUGUUCGUAAGUCCAAAAUAGUCAGCAGGCGAUCCGUUUGAUAAGAGAGAUAAGAAAAAGCAAGUCGAGCUGAUGUCUAUGAUAAACUCAGAUGGACACACAAGGUAAGGAAAGGAUCCAUCAUUUAUGUUGACUACAAACACAUAUUGACCUAUUGACUAGACAUGUUGAAGCACAUAAAUGACAAAG